AUGCGCGCCCCAUCACCACUUCUGCGGCGCUUGGCUCAACAAGCUGGCACACACCACCAACUCCAACCGGCAGUCUCGAGGUUACAGACGAGAUGGAUCUCGCGAUAUACACAUCCUCACCAUGCGUCAGCGAUAUCUGUGCUCCCUACUGCAGUCGAUACGGCCUCGGCAGAGUACGUGGAAAAUUCGAGGCAGAUGAAGGAGCUCCUGGACAAGAUGACUGGGUUACAUACAAAGAUCGCGGAGGGGGGGCCACAAAAAGCGAGGGAAAAGCACAUCGCCCGGAACAAGAUGCUACCGCGUGACCGUGUGACGGCGCUGAUCGAUCCAGGGACGUCUUUCAUGGAGCUCUCCACGCUCGCGGGCCACGAAGUCUACCCUGGAGAAGAUGUCCCCGCCGGUGGGAUAAUCACAGGGAUUGGCACCGUGGAAGGGGUCACUUGUAUGAUUGUUGCCAACGAUAGUACCGUCAAGGGAGGAACAUACUACCCUAUCACGGUGAAGAAGCAUCUCCGUGCGCAGGCGAUCGCCCAGGAGAAUAGCUUGCCGUGCAUCUACCUCGUGGACUCGGGCGGCGCAAACCUGCCGCACCAGGCGGAUGUGUUUCCGGACAAGGAGCAUUUCGGACGGAUUUUCUUCAACCAGGCCCGCAUGAGCUCGAUGGGGAUCCCGCAGAUCUCCGUCGUGAUGGGGCCCUGCACUGCUGGAGGGGCAUACGUGCCCGCCAUGAGCGACGAAACUAUCAUCGUCGAGAACCAGGGGACUAUCUUCCUCGCCGGUCCGCCGCUCGUCAAGGCGGCCACGGGCGAGGUGGUCUCGGCUGAAGACCUCGGCGGUGGCCAUCUCCACAGUACCAUCUCCGGUGUGACAGACUACCUGGCUGUGGACGACGCCCACGCACUAAUCCUGGCGCGCCGGUCAAUCGCGAACCUCAACUACCCGCAGACACCGGCACCUAUCCAGCUGACCUCUAGGCAGGCCGAAAGGACAAUCCAGGAGCCCCUGUAUGACCCGGAGGAGCUCAACGGGAUCGUGGGCACGAACCUGCGGCGACAGAUCCCCGCGCACGAGGUGAUUGCACGCAUCGUCGAUGGAAGCGAGUUUGCCGAGUUCAAGCGUGAUUACGGAAGCACGCUGGUCACAGGCUUUGCACGCAUCUACGGCACGCAAGUGGGCAUCGUGGCCAACAACGGCAUUCUCUUCUCCGAGUCCUCGCUCAAGGGUGCCCAUUUCAUCGAACUCUGCUGCCAGCGCAACAUCCCCCUCGUCUUCCUGCAAAAUAUCUCGGGGUUCAUGGUCGGCGCCGACGCUGAAAAGGGCGGCAUCGCGAAGAACGGCGCCAAACUGGUCACUGCCGUCGCCUGUGCGAACGUCCCCAAGUUUACCGUCGUUUUCGGCUCCAGUGCGGGUGCUGGCAACUACGGCAUGUGUGGGCGUGCGUAUUCACCCCGGCUGCUCUUCAUGUGGCCCAACGCCAAGAUUGGAGUGAUGGGAUCCGAGCAGCUCUCCGCCGUGAUGGAAGCCGUCGGGCGCAGCGCAGACCCAGAGCUGAAAUCCCGCAUCGAGCGCGAAUCCGAAGCGGUGUUCUCGUCGGCGCGCCUGUGGGAUGAUGGGGUGAUUCCGCCCGCGCAGACGAGACAGGUGCUCGGCUUGAGUUUGGCAGCUGCCUUGGGCGGGAAGGGGGAGAGCGUCCCUACUCGGUUUGGGGUGUUCAGAAUGUAA